AUUGCACUGGUACUUGGGAAAAAAUAAACUACAACAAAACCAUUAAUUAAACUAGGAAAGCGCUGCGUUACAUCAAUUGAGAGGUAAUCGCUGUACGCGGAAGUUUCGAGGUCCGGCGUCAGGAGUUGACAGACUCCACGGCAUCCAGAAAUUAAAGAUUUAGGACCACAAUUAUGAGAAAUUGAUGCCCAGGCAAAUGAAUCUCGCCUAGAUACAGAUCGCCCAAAAUAGUUCCGGUUCCGGCCUGUAAAAUGCCAUCAGGAGAGCCACAACAGUGAGGCCUUCCUCGCACGAACUCGCAGUCAUUUACACAGAGCAUGGAAAGCACGGACAGCAGCGACAGCAGUGGGGACAGUUUGAAAUCCAUUCCCCGACCGGACUUUGAGGCCCUCUCUGCCAUUGACAGCCCCCAGCCGCACUUGCAGAGCUCUUCUCUGGAUGGCCACAUCGAGAUGGAGUCGGUUAUCGUGCCCAGCAAGCGUCAGAAGUACGUGGUCAGUGCUCCCCCGGGAUCGGUCAACGGUAGUAGCCACUCUUCCAGUUCGAGUCCUUCGACGGCUAACGUGGGCUCCUCGCUCACCAUGAAGUUGACAAAGGUGCAGCCACAACAACAGCAGGUCCGGUCCUCGCCGCCCAACAACAAGGCAAAGGUGACCAAAGAAAUGUUGGCACUUCAGCGUUCACACAUCGAAUCCGAAGUUCUCAGUAACUUUGUGACUGGUGUCUCCAAAUUAAAGCGUCGGAAGUCGCGCCAUGCGCCAGGGAAUCUCGCCACUCAGGCAUCAACUGGAGAGCUGUCCCGCAGCUUAAAUGCCACAUCUAAAAAUGAAAAAAAAUCUCUUAAGGUGGCUCUAAAAAGGAGCAAGAGCAUUCCGGCUCCCUUCCUGGAUUCUGAUGAGGACUGGCAGGAUGACGAUGUUGAAAGAGUCGUCAGGAGUAAUAGACCGCGAGGAAAGUCGAUGGCAUUUGACGAUGGGGAACGGCUGGCUGAGCUAAACACAGAAGACAGCAAUUCUCGUGGGGUUCUUCUUGCUCGCUGCCGAUCCCGCAGCAAAACUCUAUCCCUGAGUAACAGUUGGAGCAUUGAGGAGAAGGCGCCGAGGCGAAGCAACCUGCGGAGUGAGAACGAGGACUUUGCCAAAAAGCACAACGCCUUUCUUGAUCGCGUCAUCCACGAUGACCACGAUGAAUCGGAAUUGACACCGAACAACUCGGGUGAGGGCGACGUCGGCAUGGACUGGCCCGAAGGUGAGCUGGAAGCCCACAGUUCGAUCUUUUCGGACGCGAGCGACUUGAAGGCAGCCGAGGCCAAAAACCAGGAGGACGAGGCAGCCGAACGGCUUGCUCUCAUUUGGGAGGAGCCACCCAUGCUUUGCAAUUCUGUCUUUCAGCCUGGCUGGGACCCGUUCUGCUGGAAAUGCCGGCAAUGCGGAAAGCUGAUGCCCUGCUCCAAGUGCCUGCGCUCCUUUCAUACCUACUGCGUGCGACCCGCCACCACCAAGUUCGAUUCUUCUUGGAAGUGCCCUGAGUGCCAGGUGAUCGAGACAGCGCCCAAGAGGCUGCGACGCAAUGGAGUUUCCGUGGAUCUCCUCAGCCAGCUACUUUCCUUCGCUCUGGACCGCAUGAGGCAUGUGCGCGGGGCCCACAAACUGCGUUCGCCGCAAGAGGUCUUCCCGCUGACGUACAAGAAGUAUUUUGUCAAUCCGGUGAGCUUCGAUAGCCUAGCGAAGCGCAUCCGCAGUGGGGCUUACCAGAGCACAGAAGAGUUCCUCGGCGAGGUGAAGUGGAUUCAGCACAAUGCCCUCAUCCUGGACAACGGAGAUGUUAAAGUGGAGCAGGCCUCGAAGGCAGUAGUUAAGGUAUGCCGGCAGGAGGCCAAUGAAAUCGACACCUGCCCCGAAUGCUAUCUGAACGCAAAUUCUAGCGACGAGUGGUUCGUCAAGGUUUGUCGCCAUCCACAUCUCCUGCUCUGGGCAAAGCUGAAGGGGUUCCCCUACUGGCCGGCCAAGGCUAUGGGCUCGUCCAAUUCCGCAAUGGUGAAUGUGCGCUUCUUUGGCAAGCACGAUCGAGCUUUCGUGCCCGUAAAGGACUGCUUCCUUUACUCAGCUCAGAAUCCAAACACGCAAACCAGCCGGAGAUCAGCACGGGAUCUGGCGGAAUGCAUUCGGGAGGUCGAGGUUCACAUUGAGCAGAUCAAACGGAAGAUUGGGGCGUUCAAUUACGCUGCUUAUCGCAUCCCCUACGAUCCUAUGGAAGAACAGCAACAGCUGGAACAGAUGAUGCCCGGAGUAUAUGAGGCCAUUGAUAGGGAACUUGAGCCGGCCAAUAAGACACCCCUGCAGUUUCUUAUACGAAAAACUGCGGACGAUAAGUUGUCCAUAGUGAAGAAGACGAAGACCACGGAAUCAGGCAACGAGUCGGAUCAAUCGCCCAGUCCCACGAAAAAGCUUUCGGAGGUGGAAUCUGCCACGGUAUCAGGAUGCGGAUCCAUCGAGCAUUCCAAAGUUAAGAGCAACAACUAUGAAGUUAUACCCAGAUCUGGCGAAUCUCUGACCGACUCUCGCUGCAAGGUUCUGCUUAAAAGGAAAUCUCUGGUUGCCAAGACAACUUCUGAAUCUGUAGAAGCCUCGGAAGCGGUUCCCACGAAACGCAAACAUUCCCUGAGUGAUGCUAGUUUCACCAGCGAAUCCAGCGACCACAAACGCAAGUCGAAACAUGCUAGGAAACAACAAGAGCAGGAUAAACCCGUUGAAGGACAAGAAGAAGCGGCCCAAGAACCUCCGAAACCGGCAGCAACCUUACAUCAAGAGGAACCAAUACUAGAGGAAGAGGCGGCCAAGGAGUCUUUCGCCAAUGACACUUCAACCACAUCUUCGCCGGCUUCUGCCUCUGUAGUUUCAGUGGUGGAAUUGGUCAGACGACGCCAGGGUGUGACCAUUACAAAGAUACCACGCGAACAGCAACAGACGACAGCCACAGAAAACACUGCGAAUCCUCCUGUUCCUCCUUGUUCUCCUCCAACGGCUCCUCCCCAGUCAACUGUAAUUAAACAAAAUGUCCCAAAACGAACUGAAAUUGCGAAUCCAAAACUGUCUGAGGUGGAGAGACAGCAACAACAGCUGAUCAAGAAAGUUAUUCCAUUCAUAGAAAUCAAAACGGAAGUGAUGUCGGAGCCUGAGGACGAAGAAAUGCCCACGAACCAAAUCAGUAAUCAGCCUCCAACUGAUCAACAUGAACCGCAAAAGGAGCAACAGGCGGCAGUCACCGUCAGGCCAGAAUCUCAAUUGCCAACUUCUCUGCCGCCACCAGUGCCGACUCCCCAACCCAAAAUUGUGGAGCUUCCACCUCCAGACAAAGUCAGAAUCAAGGAGGAGAUUCUUAGCGAGGAUGAAAUGGAAACUGAUCAACCCAGUCUUAGCCAGAGGUUUGACCAAAUGCCACCCAUGCCCCUGCCUAUGCCUCCACCUCCUCCUAUGCCACCACUGGAGGAGACACCCGCAACAGAUGACUUGGUUCGGUUUGUGGGCGAUACCACCAUCCAAAGAGUGAAUCAUAAACAGGGGGUGAAGUCUACGGACUCAGCCGGAAAAAGAAAAGUAGUGCCUCAAGUUCCCGUGCCAAUUGUACCCCAGUCAUCGUCACCAGCCACCUCGCCUCUCCAGUCGUCCGCUUCCUCACCUUGGACAUCACCAAAGUCAACUAGCAUUUCGGCCGCCAGCAAGCCGCCGGCACCAUCAAAAGGAAAGUCACCGCCCCAACAGCAGUUCCGAAUGAAAAACGAUCGGACUCCAACUUCUCCACCAGACACUGCACCGCCGGCCACCACCACGUCAUCUUUGCUGAGAUCCAAUAUGGUAGUAAUUCCAGUGGAACAAGCUGGCAGUUGUAAUCUGAACAGUCCCAUGACUAUCCCGGUUCCACCGCUGAGAGCCGUUUCUAAGAAUACACUACAAAAUCCUUCAGCGCAACCAGCUCCCUCUUCUGUUCAGAUGCCAUGUCAACCCAGCAGCUCCGCAAAUAUUCCUCCACCCCUAGCCGGUUUGAGUGUUCCUCAAAUGGGCUUACAAACAUCACCCGAAGCCACCACGACAAACAAUGCAGAACCAGUCUGCCGAUUGGCCAACGCGUUGAACGGACUGACCAGCGAUUCCGUGGCCAGUGAAUCCACAUCUAAUGAUCCCAUAACUCCAGGCUUAGCCACUGCUUAUAGUGAGAUGAUCCUGCGUUCCGGUGUACCAAAGCUGGUGGCUCGGCCCAGUGGGCCACUCCGGUCGGAUGGCUCCCAAAUAUAUCCCUCACAAGCGGGGCCAGUUUCCCAAAAACUCAAGGAGAACGCACACAAGAUCACGGACUAUUUUAUCUCCGUCAUCGAGGACACGCUUAGCGAUAUGGCUACUGGAGAUCAUAGCGUCCUCCAAGCUCGUAUUGCCGGUCUGUCGCUAGAGAACGAGCGCCUGAAGCAGCACUACGAGCGCCAAAUGAGCGAUUUCCAGCGCACUAGCGAAAUGAUGAUUGCCGAGAUGCGUAAGAGUUUGGAGCAGGAGCACAAGCGCGUGAUUUGCGAUCUCCGCCAGCAAAACGCCAUCGAGCAGAUGAGAGCGGUGGAAGAGGCGAAGAAGAAGCAGUGGUGCGCCAACUGCAUGCGUGAGGCGCAGUUGUACUGCUGUUGGAACACCUCUUACUGCGACUAUCCCUGCCAACAGAUGCAUUGGCCUAGACACUCUUCCACCUGCGGUCAGGCAGUGCCACCCGCAAAUCCAGUACCCAUGGCUUCGACUCCGAUAAUCGAGCCUGGCCGACCCAGAACCAAAGUGGCCUUGUCAACGGCGACCCCACCUGCUACUACUCCCAGUCCAAGCUCACAAAUUAUUCGAACAGUUGCCGCCUGUCCACCAGCACCAUCAGUGACCAACACACCCAGCUCUAAGAAGUGGCCGCCUAUGAUGUCGUUGCUCAACCAACCCAAUCCGGAGGCCGUGCUCAAGUUGCCUGCCACAACAUAUUUGCGGCCGGUGUCCAGCACAACAAUGCCAGCUACGGUGACAGCUUCGCCACCUGUUAAUAACAACAGCAACAACAUGAACGUAAUAAUGACACCAACACCAUCGGGAAACCAUCUGGCCAAUAUCAUGUCCUCACAGCGGAAUCCACCAAGCUUCAACCUCAAAGCCGCCAAUCAGGCGAUGCCCGUGCAGCGCUUUAAUAUACCAUUACCCAUCACAGUGAAUACAAAUGGUCCUUUCAUGAUCACAGAGCAGCAUCAGAAGCAAGUACCAAAGGCCUCUGGGCGCAGCUCUGGCAAAAACAGCCGUAUGCGCCAAAUAUACAACAACAAUAGCCACAAUAGCAACCCUCAAGGAAUGCGCAACAACAGCAAUCCUCAAGGAAUUCGCCAGAACCAAAUGAAUCAACAAGUGUUCCAGCCAUAAACCGUGGGCGAGUUUCAAAGCGCAAGAAGGUUUUCCACUUGGAAAGACUGCCUGUAGUUCAGGAAAUAAUUUCUUUGAUAUUCCGGAGAAACUCAGAACAGAUUGAUUUUAUACCUUGAUCCCCCAAUGAUCAAGCGUAUAUAAUUUCGUAAACUACCAACUUAAUCUUUAUAUAUUUAUCUCAUUUUCCCGGAGCCCAGCUAUCGCUGAUAGUUUUUUUGUAGAGUAAGUUGAAUGCCGCUGAAAGACGAGAGUGUAAAAUAAUGUUAUCAUCCAAUAAUUAGGUAUAAGAUUUCGAUACAUGUUAUAGUAGUUUCGCUGGUUUUACCAUAACUUAACCACCACCUAGUAAGUAAGAAUCAUUGCAAAGCCAUCAGAUGGACUUUGCAUCAACCUAGCUACUAGAAGAUACUAAGCUCAUCCCUCUUUUCAUUUAAAUCAUCCUGUAAAUUGUUUCUGUCAUCUAUUUUACAUACAUACUAUGUAUAUUUAGAGCAAAGCUUCGAAGUGAAUAAAAGAUACAUUUAUUUUCUAA